GCUAGGACAACACAUCAAAAUAAGAAACAAGAAGAAACGGAGCAGCACUAGUUCAUAAUUUUAAAAAAUCAGCAAUUCAAUUUUCUUACUACUAUAUACCUUUUAAAAACAAGGUGGCGUGUAAUAAGUGGGGAAGAAGAAUGUUUCUGUCUCUGCCUACGUUGACUGUUCUGAUCCCACUGAUCUCUUUAGCAGGAUUGUUCUACUCUGCCUCUGUGGAAGAAAACUUCCCACAGGGCUGCACCAGUACUGCUAGCCUUUGCUUUUAUAGUCUGCUCUUGCCAAUAACCAUACCAGUCUAUGUGUUCUUUCACCUUUGGACUUGGAUGGGUAUUAAACUAUUUAGACAUAAUUAAUGCAGCCACAGCCAAGAUGGUAAAUAUAUUACUGUUAGGUCUCAGGUAUCUAUCUCUGAAAGCUCAUUUAGAUGCAAAUACUGGAGACCCUUUUAGUUUGCAAGAAUAUUGCUUUGCC